AUCUCCCCGAAGCCCGUUACUCCAUACCUCCUUUAUAUUCCGAUAUCAAAUACGGAAAAAUUAGACUUCUUCCUUCAAUAUUGUGACUCGACAAAUUUUCUUCAAUCUCCAUCGCGACCUUCUCACUCUCGAUCGUGACUCUCCAAGUCAAUCGAUUCUUAUAAAUCGCCCCUCCUCAUCUCUUCUUCACACAAGCUCAAAGGUAAAAAACAUCAUAUUCACACUGCCCAAUAUAUAAUCAAUCCCACUCACACAUUAAUAUAUAUGGCACACCAUUCGCCGGAGAAUAUGCCGGCGGCGGACCUUAAAAGGGCCAUCGGAGAACUGAUUCUUGGCCGGGAAUUUGCAUACCAACUAAGGGACGCGCUGAAGAGCGGCGGUGGGGGCCACGGUUCCGGCGAUGGACGACAUGGCCCGCCACCGUCGUUGUCCUCAUCUAAUAGCUAUAGGACGACUGUUGCUGCAAAAGAUUUGGUGGCAAAGAUUUUGGGUUCCUUCAAUGAGGUUAUUUCCAUUCUUGGGUCGACGGAGUCAUUGCCUGCGGAGGUUUCUCAGGCUGAGCCGCCUGGCUUCCGGUCAUCGGACCUCCGGCAGGCGGCGGAGGACUUGGGUGGAACUUGGAAGACUUCUGCAUGCGUUGUUGGUAGAGGAAGUUAUAAGCGGAGGGAAAAAUGUGAGACACAAGUUAGAGAUUCCCAAACUUUGGUAGAUGAUGGAUAUGCAUGGAGAAAAUAUGGGCAGAAAACUAUCCUCAAUUCCCUGUAUCCAAGGCAUUAUUACAGAUGCACCCACAAGUUCGAGCAGAAUUGCCAAGCGACCAAACAGGUCCAAAGAAUUCAAGAAAGCCCUCCCCAAUAUCGGACCACAUACCUCGGAAACCACACAUGCACCGAUUCCAUAAAACACCCUGAUCCCAUCACCCUCCCCACACCAGGCAACUGCUCGACCCAAAUUUGUCGUGGGCAAAAAGGUCAGACUUACGAGGGCGGACCGACAUUUUCUGCCCUAGUGACCGAACAAGAGCUUGCCAGCAGCUUGCAGGAUUUAUACCAUAUAGAAUCGCCGCCUUUUGGCCGAGUGCCGCCAUUGUCGUCUUGCCCCAUGGGGCCCGCAAUGUCGUCGUCGGGGUCAGAAUAUGGGGAUGUGGUUUCCUCCUCUGGGUGCACUUACGACUUGAUGCCUUAUAGUUUUGAUGACUUGACGACGUACGAGUCGUUGAAGGGGUUGUGCUAGCUUCCAACCCUUUCGACAUUCUAGUAUCAUUGUCGAAUUUAUAAUACGUUCCAUCUGUCCCAAAAGAAGAUCUUAGGUUUGUUCAGACAUGUUUAUUUAUUGAAAUUGUAACGUAAGCUUUUUUUGGUGCUGGUGAAAUAUUUUUUUUUAUUUAAUAGAGUUACAUUUGCUUAAGAUAAAAGGGAAACGAUCAU